AUGGCAUCUUCCUCGCCCAAGAAUUCGCUCGAUAGCGACGAGCACUCGCUCGAGAACACCGACGCCCGGCCCUCGCGCCUCCCUAACAAAGCUCGUCACCCUCGACGAAAGUCUAUCCAGUUCAACAUCGGCGGCUCCGAGCCUCAACAAGCUUCAUCCCGGGCUUCGAGCAUCGCGGGGCGCAAGCGCUCGCAGAACGAUGUGCCAGAGAAAGAGCAUCGGAAUUCCGCUCGGGGACAUUCGCCUCCACCGCCUAAAACCUACGAACGCGGUGUUUCCUUCGACACGUUCGACAAUCCCGACGCCCCGGACUUUUCGCUCACCUUGAACUACAAGCACAAAGGCCACCAGUCGACUCGUCGCAGUCGCACCUUUCUUUGUGGCACUGACCAGAACGACUAUUCGGACUUUGCGCUCGAAUGGCUGAUCGAUGAGCUGGUGGACGAUGGCGAUGAGAUUGUCUGUCUUCGCGCGGUUGAGAAGGAUUCCACAAUUGCAAGCGACGCGGGGAUUGAAGCAGGCAAAUACCGCAAAGAGGCGGAAAAGCUGUUCGAGCAGGUCAUCCAAAAGAACAGUCAUAAUGAAAAGGCCAUCAGCUUGGUGUUAGAACUGGCCGUCGGAAAAAUCCAGGACAUCAUCCAGCGCAUGAUCCGAAUCUACGAGCCUGCCCUCCUCGUCGUCGGAACGCGUGGCCGCAGUCUUGGUGGCGUUCAAGGGCUCCUGCCUGGUUCCGUCUCCAAAUACUGCCUGCAGCAAUCGCCCAUUCCUGUUAUUGUGGUCCGACCAUCUACGAAACGCGAAAAGAAAAAGAAGAAGCGUCUUGCCGAUCCGACCCGACGCAGCUAUAAUAAUAUUUUGGAAAUGAGCGAGCGACGGGGAAGCCAAAUAUUCGACGGAGGUUCCAGCACGGAAAGCAACGUCUCGCGACUGCCGGGUGAAGAGGCAGCGGUUGCCGCCGCGCUAGGUCUUCCUCAGACCUACACCAACUCGCGCAGCUCUCUCUCUACAUCCGAGAGAAGCAGCGGCAGCCAUGGCGAUGCGGACUCGCCAUCCCCGAACGCGGAUUCCAUCGACGCUGCCCGAAGCCCGGCUACGCCGAGCCCCGAGACCACCGAGAGUGACACCGGAACAGAUGAAGAGCCCAUUUCCUCCAAGAACCACGAUGGACAGUCAUCGCAGCAUCAAUCAUCGGAUCGCAACGGCAGCAUUUCCACGCAAGGAAGCACCGCUUCAACUGAGGCGUCAACCACCGAGGACGAGCAGGCGAACUCGACAGGCCCCGGUGAGAAUCACAGCGGCCCCAAAUAUAACAUCCCAGUAAUUGUCACGCCGGAUGACAUUGCCAAUUCGAAGAACCAUAAAUCUUGA